AUGGGUUCCGGGCAAGUAGCGGUGACCAUGCACUACAACUGGAUUUGGAAGAAGUUUGCGUCCCUCUAUUGCACAGCGGAUUUGAAUUUUUUAGCUGAUCAGUACAUUGGUUAUUGGCUUUGGCGGACGAUGGGCGCCGGUGCAAAAAUAGGCCCUUCUGCAGUAGCCCGCGCAGCAUCCCCGAAAAUACCUGCGGUCCUUCCCGACGGAAGAUUAGGGUUAGCAAUAUUGGCUCACACGUCUCCGCGCCCCGCAGUAUCUGACGAACAGUCGGCGAGGCGCAGUAGUCGCGUCUCGCGCAAAGCAAAAGCGCUGCCACCCGUCGACGCUAAAACACGAUUCCGUGGCCGUUCCCCUGCCAGAGAGAAGAGUGCGAGCAGGCGAAGAGAACGGGAACGCGAGAAUACCGGAGAUCGGGUAUCCGGCCCACGUUCCGGUAGCGUGCAACUCAACCAAGACCGUAGCAAUAGCGGAACAAGCACCGAAGCACAGCUUAGUCCGUCGUUUCCACUGCAGCAGAGCUUGGCUGUGUCGCACUGGACCGGGUUCGGAUGGGUGCCGUUGGAAUUCUUGCAGCGCAUCGCUGUGCGGUAUCUCUUUAUGCGCUAUCCGGACGUUGUGAACAGGCUCCAAGACGCCCUCGGCCGUAUCAGCGGAGACGUUCGUGAUAUUACCGUUUUGGCAGCCUCAACAUCUGGAUCCACACCGGAUGCUGCGUCGAUGAUGUUGACGCAAAGCCUGUUUCUGCGAGUACUAGAAGUUGUACUAGCCAAGACACGACGUGUACGCAUCGCUGAAACGGAGGCAACAUUCGAAUUCACGCUGGUGUUCCUGGAAGUUCUGCGACGCGCGUGGCUAGAGGAAGUACUACCGAAAGUUGCCGAUGAAAUCCCAGAUCGAAGCCUCUGUAGUUUGAAGGAAAUUAAAGAGGCCGAAGAUGAGGAAAUGCUCAAGAACAGUGCAGAUACGCCCAACGACAUUGGUCUUGCCCCCACAGCUUUGCAGAGGAAGAAAGUGCGGGAGGUGCGUCGUCGACUGCAAAAAAGGGAUGCGGAGAUCGGGCUGGACUCCCUGAAACGGUACCUGGACACUCAAAACAGGCUGCCAGACGUGCUGAUCGAGGCCGUGGAGUACAUUAUGGACAUGAAAUUUGAGGAGGACCGCGAGGACGAAACCAACACACUUGCUGCGGAUAGCAGAGCACAUGACUACAAAGGGUACGACGUCGCUUUUAUACGGGAGAUUUUCCUCGAAAGAUUGCAGAUUGUAGGCACAUAUGGCGAGGAGUAUCUCUUCGCGCGCAUAGAAGAACUCCGUUUGCGCACAAAAAUUGGUGACAACAAGCCGGAAACUACGCCGGAGUAUGAACUUUUGCACGCGGCAGGAGGUCGUGGUGCCUUCGCUUUAGGUGCGCUUACUGGUGGAAAAAAGGGCGGCGGACUUUUUGGUGGAGGAGGU